UGGCGCGGUCUUCAGCGGUAGACUGUUCGCGGCUUUUUUGGCAACGGUGAGCUUGGUUCGUUGGCUAGCAAACAAUCAGGUACAUAGGGUUAAGAUAUAUUUCCGCGUUUAUAACUGAUAGUUAUAUGGCUACCUUUAUGUGAAACUAUCAUAAGUUAUAAAGUCCAGCUAUAUUGUACUGCCGAAUGAAUCAAAAUAUUAAUAUUUUGAAAUUCAUUAACUUCCUGCUAUUUUACAGAAUGCCAAAGUCUCUGCUGUAUACCACUUUAAUUAUCAACACUUCAACAGAAGGCACUUUUAUUUAAGGGUAAGAUUGUCUAGGACCCAAUCAACCAAUAAAGGGGAAAUAAAGGCACUCGAGUUCUAAAGGAAUGCUCGUAGCGUCGUAUAUGAAAAUCGCCGUGUAAGUGGGUUAAACAGCUUAAUAAAAGUACCAUCUGCAUCCCUUUGCACUGGUUGAACAAAGACAUUAGUGACGCAUUGAGAUACGGCUAUACUCGUGUCCAAAGGUAUGACCCAUAUUACUUUGACACCAGGGUCACUUGACGCUAUUCUGUUGAUAUUAACAAAAUCUCUGCUAGUAAAUAAUAUGAAGGCUAAAAAACCGUUGAUAAGAAUAGUCAAGAUGCGAUAAGAAAGUCAUCUAUAUGUAAGUUUCCUCUCAGAUGAUUGGCCGGCUAGUUGAAAUAAUGCGCUUUAAAUUAAUAAGGACACCAUAAACGUUGGCAACCACCUAUGAUCAACACAUUCACUUAGUUUUCACGGGUUAUGGUAUGCUUCGUGCUGCAAACCACAUGUGUAACGCCAUUGAUUCUAUAAUAGCUGCGUCAUCAAUAGAAUGAUGUUUUAUAGUUUUAUUUCCUUGUGAUCUAAAAUAAAUUCUUAACUUUAUCGAAAGUGUUUUUUUCAAACCAACCUUAAACUUGUAAACUCAAAGUGCAUUUUAGGGUAGUUUGAUGAUAUAACUUUUUACCUAAUUUUUAAUAAUAUCAAUCAGCGUCAUUCAGUAUAGAAACAGUGCUUCCCCCCUCACUCCAAAGAUAUAGAAAUAUCUUGUAGCAUAUCUAAAAACGAGCUACAAAUUUAGUUAGUGAUCCUAAUUUGAAAUCUUUUGCGGAACAUCUGAAAAUACUGUAUCUGUAUUCUCCAUAUUAGUGAAGAUCCUCAAUAUCAUAAAUACCCAUAGUAAUCGUCUGGAAUGUUUACUUGUCUUAAAAACUAACCUCAUCUGGAUUGCAAUGUGGCAAAUCGGAUUGUAAACACAUUUUCCACUUCUUGGGAUUAGUCAAGACUUAUGAUUACCUAGCGUUUUGUGAUACAUAGAAUUAUGUUGCGCUCUUUAUCUUUGGCGUUAUUUAUCUAUUUAUUUAUUUUAACACAUAGAUAUUCGUACAAGGAGACACCAAAUGCAUAUGCGCCACACAGAUUUCAAUUAGUAUUUGUAGUGGCUGUGAUACUGCCCGGGUGCCCAGAUCGAAGCAGAUGGUUUUCCUAGGGGGCCACACCCCGAGCCUUCGACCUAAAGGUCUAGUCCACAAGGCAGUGGAGCAUCGUAAGGAGAUGCAGUCCCAUGGUAGCCGGUGACCAACGAUUGGUUCAUACGCCAUUUGUUCCUUUAGGAUACUGGAGCCCAUGUGCACCAUUGGUUUGGGAUCCGGUUAUAGCGCCGGACAUUCGCUUUUCGUCCUCUCAUUUUCGUAAACAACACCCGCCACGAGAAGGCAGUGAGUAGGACUUCCCUGACAGAGGCUAUAUACGCGUGGCCAUGUGAGAGCAUUUCGAGAGGCAGAGCCGACUCUCCCCACUCUCGGUCGUACCAGGGCGUUUGGGGGCAUCUUUGACGUGAUGAUUGAUUAUUAAGGGAUAGGAAAUAAACUCGAAUACAAUUGUUCUUGAAUGUACAUUCAAGUGACUUGAUUGACUGACGUGUGGUACGGUACAUAACUAGAUCUAAAUUACAUUAUUUUGAAUAUUGAAAUCCGUCCUCAGAUUGACUAGCCUGAAUAUAAAAUUGACAACAGAUAAGUCUUUGAAUGCCUUGUCACAGAAACAAUCUUAUAUUUUUGAUGAAAGUUUAUUAUUGUUGACGACUGGAUUGUUGCUAUGAAAGUUUAGAUAUUAAAAUUUGUCGAUUUUUAUUGUUACUUCUUGUCAAUAUGUGACAUAACAGUUCAGGAAUCAGCAUUUUCAACCGUGUGUAUUUGGGAUCGAUUGAAUUUUUAUCCGUUCUCUGUUUUGUUUGAGAAGGUUUCUCUGAGUCCUCAAGGUGGCUUUCUAACCGUAUGAAGUAAGCUAAUGUUUUUAUUUUCAUUGAUGAAGUUUAUGUUGGCCAUGUUAUUUGAAGGACUGCGUCUCUCCAAACUGGGAGGUGAAUGACAAUUGUGUGGAGUUUUGGAAUGGAACUUCCAGAGACAGUGGCGUUGAAAUCCUCACGUACGAAAAGUUCCAGAGUUAUUCGAGCGAAUUGGUAAGGUUGCUCAAGUACCACCUGAGUUUCAAGCCUGGCGAAGGCAAAUUAUCAGUUGUUGCAGUAGUUUGGGCUCCGCACAUACUGACAAAUGUUGUAAUACAUGGGAUUGUCAAAUCAGGACUUCCUUUCUUCCCUGUACUCAGCGCAUCGGCAUCUUAUGGUUUGAUGACGCUUAAAAAUCACAUUGACGCCAUUGUUUUGCUUUGCAAUUCUCCUGAACUUAUUCCUGUCGAGGAUUUCUCAAAGUAUAAAAACAGUUCCAUAAUUACAUUUGAUAGUUUAUUUUCAAGAAAUGAUUGGUCUUUAUAUUUACGUUCCAGCCUGCUCUUCCCACACCUUAUUCCUUUUCCAAGUCCGUUCAUAGAACCUAAUAAACACCUUAUAUACAUACUAAGUACGUCUGGAAGUUUCAGCAAAGAACGGAAACUAGUUUAUGUGGCGGAUAGUUGUUUAACAGCUAAUGUUAUUGACUUAGGUAAUCGGUUCUCCAGUGAGAAGCAUCAUGGUUCUGAGACUAAUUGUGUUCUUCUAGCUUCACCCCUGACGUUUGAUCCGAGUAUUGUACAGAUUUACUUCGCAUUAUUGACCCGUCGUACCUUAGUUAUAUGUCCCUCAUCAAUUCUCAAUGUACCCAAAACCUUAUAUACGUUGUGCAUGAACGCAAAAGUCGGUUGGCUGCAAUGCACUCCAAGUCAAAUCUCUGGUCUCAAUCGUCGUCACCUUGAUAGGCUUUUGUCACAACCAAGUCUAAACGUUUUACUUGGUGGAGAACCAUUCCCUUUAAAUGAUCUCAGGAAUUUUAAAAACCACAAAUCUAUCCUUUAUAAUAUCUAUGGUACUACAGAAGUCUCCUCGUGGGCCUUUUUGUGUAAAGUCAGUUCAUUUGACAGAGAUUGGAUCAACAAUGAUAUUCACUGCGAAUGCUCGCCUCCUUUGCUUGGAUCUUCACCUCUUGGGUUUCCGAUGCUAGGAACAAGUUUCUCACUAAUACCAUCCAAUAUGGAAAAUGUUUGGGAAUUGGCACUAUCCCGUCAAUAUGGUGGGUUUUACAUAUUACAUCCCAAAGAAUCGACGAUUACUAUUCAGGAAUUUUCCUACGCUCUUUCACAAUUACCUUCUCAGAUUACAUGGCCUACUUCUGAUUUAGUGCAUUACGGUCAAUGUGGGAGGUGUUUAUGGUUUCUAGGGAGAAAAGACCGUACAAUCAAACGGUUCGGGUACCAAAUUUGUUUAGAACGUUUAGAACAUGUCAUAAAAACAUGCAAGCUACCAGGCCUCAAGAUCAGAAACUGUAGAUGUCAGGUUUUUGAAGAAUCGACUAAGCGAAACUCCAUCAUUUCAUUCAUUGAAAUUGAACCUUACUCCCAUAAAUUUUCUAGAAGGUCUUCAGUAUUUCCAACUUACAGCUACACAAAAAACACUAAAUCUUAUAUCCUUAAAAAACUAAAGUUGGUUUUCGCUCCGAACCAUCAACCCUGGAUUCCCACACAUUUUGUAUUUUCUAGUCUCUCUCUACCAAUUUCAUUACACGGAAAGUUAAUGUAUAGACUACAUAACUUUUUUAAAUCCUCAAUGUCCAUCAAGUAUAAAGUUAUUGCCAUGUGGAAUGAGUCUCUUGGAUUAGGCAGAACGACUGUAACUGAUUGGGAUGCAACAUUUAUGGAGGCUGGUGGUUCCUCUUUAAUGGCAUUGCACCUAGUUGAAACAAUAAUCCAAGAAUUUCCUGUCUUGAUCAAUAAAAAGGAGAAUCUUGUAUCAUUAAUAUUUGCGCAUUCAUUUUCACGUGUUUGUGAGUUUAUUUUAAGAUGUUGCUCUACUUCUAUGAAGUCCAAAACACGUUUUUCAAAAUCCCUUUCAACCGAAAAAGUUUAUCAAAGCAAAUUUGAAAAUGAAUUCCAGAUGACUGUUAAACAUCAUUACCAACAUUCAUUUGAUAUUUACACACAUGGUUCUGUAUUGAAGCUGCCUGACUUAUUACCCCGAAUCCAAUUUAAAUUUUUGUGGCAGCAUAAUCUGCAUAAGUGUGUAGACGCCUCACCUUUAGUCCUUUCUGGUGUUCAUGGGUUUUCCAAUGGGUGUGCCUUCAUCGGAAGCCAUUCCGGUUCGGUUUCUGCUUUGUAUGUAUCAAACGGCCACACAGUAUGGCCGAACGCAACAGUGUCACUACCAGGUCGUAUCGAGGCCUCUUCUACACUUGGAUUCGCAGGUUCAAGUGCUGUACUUGUUGUCGGAUCUUUAGAUGGGAGUAUUUAUGGUUUGGAUGUUGAGUGCGGAACUUCUCUGUGCUCAUAUUACACUGGGGGUGCCGUUAAGUCUCCUGGAUCGUACGUAUACGAUUACAGAUUUCUAGCAUGUGGUUCCCAUGGCAAACUAGUCCACGCCAUAGACUUGCGUUCUCUGGACGAUAUGAAACCUAUUUGGACUAAUUCUUUUGAUGGAACACCCAUUGUUUCUCCCGUUAUUGUGUCAGAUAUGUCUCAAACAAGCACACCAUAUCUUAUUAUUGCAAGUCUUGGAGGAACUAUUGGUUGUUUAGACCCUAGAAAUCCAUCACAUUUGGUUUGGAUGAGGAAUGCAAAAAUGCCCGUUUUCAGUAAACCUCUUCUAUAUAUGGACUCUAGCUACAAGGUUAGUGUUAUUAUAGCUGGAGUUAGUGGGACAAUUCAAUCAUUUUCUCUAUUGGAUGGAAAUAUUGAUUGGAGUUAUGAAUGUUCUCAAGAACUAAGUGGUCAUGCAAUAUUUUCAGAUCCCGUUCUUGAUGCUCAGUCUAACAAUGUUAUUUUGAGUACUAAUAAGGGCUUCUUAUUCGCCUUGAACGUUGUAAAUGGCAAUUUAGCAUGGAUGCUCGAUUGGACAUUCGACUUAAACUCCAAAAACCUAUGUUCUUUAAAUACACCUUCUUUAUUGCAAAGCGAUGGACACAGUUUAUUGAUUGGAACAAGAGCAGAUGGUUUGAUUUAUGGGUGUUCAGUACCUUCGAGCCUAUCUCUCCAACGAAAAGCUCCUACUGUAUGGUCGAGUUACCACCUACCCAACCAGUGUUUCUCGUCUCCAGUUCUUUAUUCCGAAAACUCAAAUGAUGUAUAUAUUGUCACUGGAUGUAGAGAUAAUUAUGUUUACGGUUUAUCGUUGUAAACUCUUCUUUUUCUACUGUAAAAAUCACAUCGCCCAAACAGUUUAUACUUUUUAUUCAUAAAUUAUUUUCAGAAUAAAGAUGAUGAUAGUUGCUUUCUAG